CAAAAAAUUUUUCGUGUUUCAUGUCAAAAGUAAUCAAUUAGCUUUCAUUAAUUGAGUUUUAUAUACAUACUUUGGUGUAAGCUUAGAGAUUAGUGCUAAACGUAAUUUCUUUAACUAAAAAUAAACUAGAAAUCAUGCCAGCUGGAGGUGCCUUAUUUGGAAGCGCGGCUGCUGGUCCCGGUUCCACGGGUGGAAAUAAACAUUUAAUCGAAGUUAGGGCCGGUAAAAUGAAUUUAAAAGGUCGCAUGGUAUACCCAGAUAAACGUAAAGGCUUAUUAUACGUGUACCAGAGCGACGAUUCCCUUAUGCACUUUUGUUGGCAAGAUAGGACAUCCGGUAUAGUCGAGGAUGAUCUAAUUAUUUUCCCAGACGACUGCGAAUACGUUAAAGUUCCUCAAUGUACUACAGGUCGGGCUUAUUUGUUGAAAUUCAAGUCUUCCAAUAAGAAAUUUUUCUUUUGGAUACAGGAACCCAAAACUGAUAAAGACGAAGAUAAUUGUAAGAGAAUUAACGAAUUGCUUAAUAAUCCGUCUAGCGCUGUUCGAAAUACAUCAAACCCCGAUCAGGAUAUACAGUCUUUACUGAAUAACAUGUCUCAAUCUCAAUUGAUGCAGUUAUUUGGUAGCGGAGUAGGUCAGAUGGGAGGUUUAUCGAGUCUUCUUGGAAAUAUAAGGGGGCCUAAUAGUGGUAGCGCGCGUACUUGUACAACUCCAGCUAUAACGCACAGAACCACUGUACCGACAACUCCGACGACAACGACAGCUACCAAUUCACAAAGUAACACGACUACCGCACCAGGUACAACAACGCCUCAAAAUCCUACGUCUACAGCAACUCCGGAUGCUCCGAAAGGAAAAACAGGUAACGAGAAAGCGCGGGACGGUGAUUCUGCAUCUUUUUCAACUUUGGAAUUGGCAGAUUUACAGAAUUUUCUGUCGAUUAUCACUCCGCCUACUGGUGGUAACGGUGCAUCCGCCGCAACACAACCAGCAGUUGAUCUGUCUACUGCUUUGACUAGCGAAACUCUAGUGGGAGUAUUGAAUAAUCCGGAAACCAUUCAACAGCUUCAAAGCCAUUUGCCUGCAGUAGACGAAAACGCCCAAGAAGCUUUAAGAUCCACACUAGCUUCUCCGCAAUUCCAACAGGCAGUUUCUCAAUUUUCUAGCGCUUUGGAAUCGGGUCAACUGGGACCGAUAGUGUCUGGUUUGGCGGUUAAUCCGGAAGCGGUGGUUGCAGCCGCUCAGGGCAGUAUGGCGGAGUUUGUGAAAGCUUUGGAGAAGGGUGGAUCGUCGGGAGAGGCGGCGACUUCCGACGACAAAGAUAAAGAAAAAUCUGAGGGAGAUAAGAAGAAAAAGGAUGACGAGGAUCAAAUGCAAUUGGAUUGAAUUCCGAAGCUAAAAUUUGAAAUAUGAUAUUUAGUGUGCUUGAAUUUGCGCUCAAUAAAUAUUGGCUUGCUUUAGA